GAAAGAGAGAACGACAGGGAGGACAAGACGGAGCAUGCAGGAGUUGAAUUGCAAGUUUGUGGCUUGUUUACUUUGUCACUUUUCGUUUCUUCAACUAUGACUCCCAGACUGAACAAGAGGAUAUUUUGCGGCUGAUUUCUUAUAAAUUAUCAGCUAUCGAACAAGAUAAAUCCAUCAAACCAGGUCCAGAAUGAGCGCGUCUGCAGGUACGGGGGUGUUCGUGCUCUCCCUCAUGUCCAUCCCCAUCUGCUAUUUAUUCAACUCCCUCGUUUACAACAACAAUGCUGAAGCUUUCUUCUUUGCUGGCUGCACAACUGUCCUCAUCUUGGCCAUCUCAGCACGUUUUAUGCUCAAGAAGAAGACUCCAGGAGAUCCUCUUUUCUAUGUGUACGCAGUGUAUGCAUUCCUCAGUGUGGUGAAUCUGAUCAUUGGCCUGGAGCAAGACAACAUCAUUGAUGGAUUUGUGACGUUUUACCUCAAAGAGGCAGAUCCACAUAUUAACACAGCACAUGGGCACAUGAUCUCCUACUGGGACGGCUGUGUUCACUAUCUCAUGUAUCUGCUCAUGAUAGCUGCGAUCACUUGGGGGGACAGUUACCGAGCAAUUGGACUCUACUGGGUGGGAUCCUUUCUCAUGCGUGCCAUAGUCUACAUUCUUGGGAAUGCUGUGGGAAAAUAUGGGACCCAAGUCAGUCCUCUCUUCAUCCUCCACAUGCUGUAUAUCGUGGUGUCCGUGUGGGUGUGCUUCCGCGUCUUCAGUCAGCCUUCUACACGGGAUGUUCAGACAACAAGCAUCCAGGUGACUCCAAAGAGAAGUUUGCUCCAAAGACCUCUGGACUUAAUCUUCACCAUCUACCUCAUCCCAGCGCUGGCUUUCUGCAUCUUUAGAGGCCUGGUUGUUCUGGACUGUUCCAGCAAAUGGUGUCAAGACUACACACAGCAGUAUGAGCCUUACCUGAAAGACCCGUCAGCGUAUCCUAGAGUGCAGAUGCUGGUGAGCAUGCUGUAUUCAGGCCCGUACUACGUCAUUGCUCUCUAUGGGCUGCUGGUUCCAGGAUGUGAGUGGAUGCCAGACCUCACUCUUGUUCACUCUGGAGCAUUGGCACAGGCCCAGUUCUCUCAUAUCGGUGCAUCUCUUCACACACGGACGCCGUUCUCGUACAGAGUUCCUGCUGACAGCCAGGCUAUCUUCUUGCUGGUCAAUGUGCUGUACACUCUGGUGCCUCAGGCUCUGUGCUACCAAUGCUGCACCAGGCCUGCCUUCUUCCUCAGGCGAACAGCAGAGAAGAAAAAUGAAUAACACAGAGUGUCAGGGAGAGAAAAAGAAUGCCACAGACGUUGAGGAUGCCAACAUAAAAGGCUGAACUACUUGCAAACUUCUGCUCUGUGUUUGCAGCUAUUUGCAGCUGCUAUUUUUGGAGAUGAAGCUGCCACCUAUAACCUUAAUGAGAGCUAAGUGGAGGUGUUGGAAACACGGCAAAGCAAGCAGAGCGUGUGUCAUAUGGCAUUUAUGGUCUGUUGCUUCUUUUGAAAAUGUGAACAUAAAUUUAUAAAAUAAACAAAGCGUAUUUGUGUGAGUGUAAAGCAACAGCAAGCACAGGAAAGCACAGUGUUUAUAACAGUGCUGCAGACUUGUGUAUGGACUUCAAACUACUUGACAGUACUUGUUCUUAUAUUUUUGCUAAGCUUUUUGGUUAUAAAAAUGGCUUUAUUGUUGACACAGGUUUCUAUGUGGUGCCUUUUUGACAAUGGGUUGGCAAAUAAAGAAAUAAUCUUGUGGCUGUG